AGUUAUUUCACAUGACAAGUAGAAAACAAACUGUUCAAGGCGAGUGUAUUAUAAAUGAACAACAGCCGAAUUCACUAAGACAAAAAGAUCGCUCGGAAUGACAGCGCCGUAAAACUCGGUUGCAGCGACUGAUCUGGCCUUCCACUCAACGCAUCGGAAAGGAUAUCAGAGCAAGCUCUUAUUUUUUCACUCGAAGGGCGGCCGAUGUAGUUUCUGAGGCUUGCUGUGAUGACCGGAGAUCGCCAUGAUGAGCGAGCCGCGAUGGACUUCAGCAUGAUCGUAUUCGGUCAGACACCGUCAUGAUUAGAAUGAAUUUUAACAAUUAUGCCAGUUUGGUUAUAUUUUUCAUCAUUUCUGUUUUGUUCUGUUUUGUUUUUGAACACUGAACUUUAUAUACUAUACGAGUGUUAGCUGUGUUUGAUUUUCAUUGCUGUACGCGUAAGCUUGCAAUCUAACUGAGCGUGAAAAUCUUUAAAACUCGGAAUGUUUAUUUUGUUUUUCCUUUGAGGAUUUUCGUAUCUGCUCACGUUUUAAUAACGUAAAUUACAGCGCCUGGUAUGUUUACAAACCUUUGUUUGAUUCUUCUGUUGCUACUUGCCGGCUCGCUUCAGUUCCGAAAUUUCACUUUCAAUUAUCGGAAAAAAGCUAAAAAGAAGUCCCGGAAAAGGUCGAACAUAGUACAAUUGGCAGAUGGCGUGACAGCUGUAGCUCAGCUCUGUGCUCUAUACUCUUAUAGAGCACGCUCUUUCAACCAAUGACAGUGCGCGUUAUAUCCGAACUUUAUUGUAAAUAUUCACACCCUAUGCAGAACGAAAAGAGACUGGGAGCGAUCAACAUGAAAACGAGGCUAGUUGGGCCUGGGUAAAUAAAAAUGGCCGCCUGAUGUGAAGGGCGCCAGUUUUUGAAAAUGCCGCAAAAUUGUUGUGUUCCAAACUGUACCAAAAAGAAUUACAGAACCGAAAACGGGGAGAAAAUUUCUUACUUGAAGUUUCCAGACGACGUUAUCGUCAAAAAACGUUGGCUCCAUGCCAUUCGUCGAGACGAAGGAAAAGCGUUUAGAGUCAACCAAAACACGAAGAUCUGUUCUCGUCAUUUAAGCCCGAGGACUUGGUUAAAGCUAUUGGAGGUCAGCGUGUUUAUGUAAAGGCAGGGGUAAUUCCAUCUCGAUUUUCGUGGUCCAAAGGUUCUCCGAAAAAGCGAGCACCUCCUAAAUGUCGCAAUCUUUCGUCUACAACAGAGUGUUCAAACAAGGAGUUGCAAUCAUCUCAAAGUCAAACAACUGCAGAUGCAGCUGAAGCAACUUCUGAAACCUGUACUUCAUCAGCAGCUUUUAGUUAUCAUGAUGUGGAAAACAGCUUAAGUUCGUGUGAAGAUCAAACAGAAGAAGUUAAAAAACUUGAAGGAAUUCGAGGUUUUGAACUUGAAAAUGCGAAGUUAAAGGCUGAAAUUAAAACGCCAGAGGAGCCUUAAAGAUUCCCGCCUUUUUCAGAUGCGCAAUUUUACUACCGACGAGGACAUUGCCUUUUAUACGGGAUUUCCUAAUUUAGCAACAUUUAAUGUUGUGUUUGAAUUUUUAAAUACUGGAUCGAAAGGGGAAAACAUUAGGUACUGUUCAUCAAAAGAAAGAACUGUCCAAAAGGAGUUUUACGAUAGUGGAAACGAGGAACCAGAGGGAUGUACUAGCAUAGGUAGACGAAGAAGCUCAGAACCCAGAGAGGAGUUCUUCCUUGUUCUUUGCAGACUGAGAAGGGGAUUUGCAGAAAAACAUCUAGCUCACUUGUUUGGUAUUUCGCAGUCGACAGUAAGCAGAACAUUCCUUUCUUGGAUAAAUUACAUGUAUUUAAAAUUUGGUCAAGUAUCUAUAUGGUCUAAUAGGGAGGUUAUAAGAGCUACAAUGCCUGACAGCUUUAAAGAGAAAUACUCUUGCACCCGUGUAAUAAUCGAUUGUACAGAAAUUAGAUGCCAAAUGCCUUCCAGCCUUCUGUUGAAUUCCAAAUUGUUCAGCUCCUAUAAGAACCAUGUAACUCUAAAAGGCUUAGUUGGAAUUGCUCCCAGUGGAGCUAUAACUUUUAUCAGUCAGCUAUAUAGUGGAAGCAUUUCUGAUCGCGAAAUUGUUGAACGAAGUGGUUUCCUGAAGUUAGAAUUUGACAAUGGUGACACCGUGAUGGCCGAUAAAGGUUUUACAAUUGAAGACCUACUCCCACUAGGAGUAACCCUAAACAUUCCCCCCUUUUUAGGGUCUAAUAGCCAAAUUACAGCAGAAGAUGUUAUCAAGACUCAAGAAAUUGCUUCUGUUAGAGUACACGUUGAACGGGCCAUCAAUAAAAUCAAGAAUUUUCACUUAUGGGAUAGUGUUGUACCCCUCAGUUUGUUUGGGGUAGUAAAUCAAAUGUGGAGUGUCUGUGCCUUUUUAUGUAACAUUCAGGACCCUCUUAUUUCCACUUAACACUGAGUUAGGCAGAGCUCUGAGGCACAAUACAGAAUUUCAGUCAAUUUAAUAAAUGUAAACCUGCUUAUCCACCUCAGGUCAAAUAUUCUCUCAACCAACUAAAACUAAGAAUGUGAUUCGCUUGCUUUCAGUCCCAAACACACAAAAGAUGUCAGCUUUUACGUGUAGUUCUAAAGAUCUUAAAAUCAAAGAAUAAAGAAAGCUAUCUUAUUAUACAGACCAUGUUGGUUGAUACUCUGUUUUAAACAUAUCAAGUUAGGUAUGAGACACAAAAUUUCUCUGUACUCGUUCCAAGAUUAGAUUAGGGUAGUUAACCCUUCUAAUGGUUACUGAACUCCACAGAAGCUGGUGUUAUGAAAUGUUCAAAAUAGCUCUUCUUUAGGCCUUCAUUCAAUACGUCCCAGAAUUGAGGAUCAGAUGUGAUCCUCUCUAUCCUCAUGCCUUUGUUAUUAUAGAUAACAAAGUCACACCAACUUGCUCCUGUAAUACCUAGUUGACCCUGUAUCUGAAAGUAGUACUGGUGCCCCCUUUUUAGCCUCGGCUUUCCAUUUACAUUUUCUGCAUAAAAAGUUUCAUCGGCACAUGCUUCUAAAGGACUCACAUGAAAUUUAGAGUAGGGACAUUUCACCUCUACCAGCCCAAAAGGCUUGCUACAGCCUCAGUCAAUGACCUUGCCAUCUGGUGAUGCUGCUAAAAAGGGAGAGGCCAUACUGACAACAAGGCCACUUUUGAACACUGAAACUGGGUUCCUUGUUGAAAACAUAUAUUUUUCAUAUUCUCUUAAGGCUACAGGCUCAUAGGUUUUCGCAUGUGCAGUUUGUUUGGAAGUGAAUGGUUUGGGAUGAAGCAGAUUAUUUACUAGAGUGUUAUGAUUCCUUUGCCUUUUUACAAUUGUGUGGAAAUUAGAUGCUGUAUACCGAAAUUUCCUUUCAGCCUGCCAUUCCUGUGAGGCUGCUUGUUCACUUGUUUUCUUCUCUAUGGUAUUAAGCUUUGCCUCAUCAACAAUCAAAUGAUCCAGGAGUGCUUCCUGGUUGCUGCUUAAAUCAUCUGGCUUUUCAUACUGCUCAGAUUGUUGCAAAGGGAAUGGAGGAUAUACGGAAAUACCAUUUUGUUCAUCAUUACAGUCCACUCUAGGCACUGAGUCAAUAUUACAGAAAACUUGAAAAUUAGACUCUGUGAACUGUAACUGGUAACUUGCAUAUGAGCCACUUGGACAUUUUCCAAAUUUUGUUUCCUGUAAGUUGGUACCACCAGUAAACAUAAUUUGAGACAAGGCAAACUUAGGGUUGAUCUCUUGAAGCUUGUUUUUUAACAAAGCUUCAUCAGAUGCUUGUGUACCCAAAUUUUUCCUAGCUUCAUACAUGUCUAUAUUCGACUUUUUUACCUCAAGUUCCAUGACAGGUUGGGGCUUGAUUUUAUCUCCUCUUACAGGCCUGUGCCAUAGUUGUAAACUUGAAGUGCAUGCCUUAGCUUGUGUCAUAUCAGAUUCAUUUUCCAAGUCCUUAAUAUCUUGACAACAAUACAAGCUGAACUUACAGAGUUUCAUCAUAACAGCAAGCACAUGAUUGCAAAAACCAACAGAUCCUGCUACACAUGUACACGAAGCAUAUUAACACCUCCACUCACUAAACAAAGUGCAACUUAUAAUUUGUGGGGUGGCUCAUUUUUUUUAAAGCUAUGAUAACACAAGCAUUUGAAAUAGAAAUAUUGGUCAUCACUUGCGCAAGUUAAGUCUUUCAGGUAUUCAUCAUCAAGAAAUGUUUUUGCCUUUUUCAUGCUUGUUGGAACAGCAUGGUUCUGUUUAUUUCUGUCAAAGUUUUUUCCAGAUUUAGAAAUAUGUAAAUCCAUCUCUGCCCUUGUGAAUAAUGGCAUUCGUUGCAAACUUGUAGACCAUCUGGCUGAUGGAAAUUUAACAGUACUUUCCUCAGGCAUCGCAUCACUUUGAGCGAGUUGUUCUUGUCUCGCCUUUCGACGCGUGUAUAUCAGAUUUUUAGCGGGAUCCAUAACAUCUUUAUCACGACCAGACGCAACAUAUUCAAGAACUCUUCAAAAUAAAAAGUAGAAAAACUAUUAAUCAUUACAUUUUUGAAACAUUUCAUCGAGAAAAAUAACUCCUAAAUCUUUUGAUCUCCAUUUACAAUAUCAAAGUCUCUUUUAAUUCUAAAAAGUAUCACGAACGACUGACAAAUACUGUACUUACCUUUUCGACAAUUGUGCCUUUGUUUUUAACCCCUUUGCAGGAUCGCCACGACAUUUUAACCAAAAGCGAAGUUCAUCUGUUUUAAGAGCAGUCGGAUUUCUUCCCUGAAGCGAUGCUCCGGGGAUAUCUUCCUCCGUAAGACUCUGAGAAAGACGGCUACUUACAGAGCCAUGAGCGGCCAUAUUUCUAACACGAGUAAACAAGGCUCAACUAGCCUCGUUUUCAAGUUGAUCGCUCCCAGUCUCUUUUCGUUCUGCAUAGGGUGAUUAAUCAGAUUUUUCCAUUUCUUUCCCAUCACAUGAAUGCGAGGUUCUUACGUCACUAGCAUGUGAACGUCAGCUUUCUACAAAUUUGAAUUCUCCAUUUUGGAUUGCAGAGCUUUCGUAACGACUGACUGUUGAAACCGUACACCGAUUUUUUCCCUGGUUAUUGGAUGAAACAUGUCCUGGCAAAGUUACGUGGACAACAGCCUCGUGGGUACAGGAAAAGUUCAGAAGGCAGCCAUAUUUGGCUUAGACGGUUCGCCUUGGGCCAGCAGCCCUGGAUUCUCGGUAAGAAAUCUGGUGAAAUAAAAAGAGCAGGAAUAGAUUCAAAAUCUCAAGCUUCAGUGAUAACUUAACAGUUUUCUUACAGAUGUGCAAAUAUGUUUGAUAGGUAUCUCAGCCAGAAGCACAAGAGAUGAUAAAGAGCCUUAAGGAUGGUAGCGUCUCAGGCAAGAACAUUGCUGGAACGAAAUACAUGAUGCUGCGGAACGACAAGGACAAGAAAGCGGCGUACUUGAAAAUGAAAGACAAAGGAGGCUUUUGCGCGUGUUUGACCAACAAGGCUCUCAUUAUUGGUGGCUACGAUGAGAGUGCUGGCGGUGCUGGAAAUUGCAAUCAGUGUGUGGAAACCGUAGCAGAACAUCUCAUUGCUUCAGGAUUUUAAUGUUUGAGUAGAACCUUAAAACACAAUCUAAGAACACAUAUAGUGGUAUUUGGUAAUGGUUUGUGUGUUCCUAUGACCUUAGCUCAGAAAUUUACACACGUUUAAGCAAGAUGUUUAGAACAAUUUUCUCUAGAAGCACUGUAAGUUUUCAUGUUCCGUUUAAGACGUUUUCAUUUGUUUAACGGAUAGAUUGUGCUAACUGUUGGCUAAAGCUUUGAAAGAAGUAAAGCUUUCUGAUGUAUGAAUC